AGAUUAACUAUUUUGGGUUAGUUAUGAAUAUAUUUGUUUUUACCGGAUGGGCACACAUAACUCCUAGACGAUAGUGCAGAUUUAUCGCCCUCUAUCGGCUUAGCCAUAAUAAUGACGACUUCGUGGCUGUGGUAACUAGUGACGACCGCAGUCAAGCUAAAACCAACACAACAUAUCAAACAGGUUUAAAAUAUGUUCACAUCGAAUGAACUUGCUACGAAUAACUUCAACAACGAAGAAAAUUGAGGAGUGUCCAGUGCAGUGACUAACUACUAACUAGUGAACUACAUAUUAUGAUGCCAUGGAGGAUAGGAAGCUGAAGAGAAAGAUUUCCAGGCCCUCCACCAACCAGGCCCCUGCCCCGCCAACCAGCACCCGGAAGAACACAGCCUCUGGACGUCAUCUGGGCUUCAGCCACAUGGGUACACACUCCAGCCAGAAGGGGAAGAGCCGCAGGGGUGUGAAGGCUCGACAGCAGCAGGCUUCAGGCAGUAAGGCAGGCCAGGGCCAGGCGGACCCCAUCCAGCACUCCUUCCUGACGGACGUCUCCGAUGUGCAGGAGAUGGAGAAAGGACUGCUGAGCCUUCUCAAUGACUUCCACAAUGGAAAACUACAGGCCUUUGGUAAUGAGUGUUCUAUAGAUCAGAGACAUGUGAGAGAGAUGCAGGAGAAGUUGGCUCGGCUGCACUUUGACCUUUAUGGGGAGGUGGACGAGAUGCCUGAGGACCAACGGAAGACCGCCUGCGACUCCAACAUGGACAAACUACUGCUCAACGUAAGAUCUGGCAAUAGGUUUUGUUAAUGUACAGUGCCUUGCAAAAGUAUUCAGACCGCUUUGUGUUACAAAAUGGGGUUACAAUGGAUUUAAUUGUCAAUUUUUGUCAACAAUCUACUCUGUCAAAGUGGAAGAACAUUUUUUAAAGAUAAAUAAGAAAUUAUAACAAAAAUCCUGUAGUUCCAUAACUAUUCGGCUCCUUUGUUUAGGCAAGCCUACAUUAGUUCAGGAGAAAAAUGUGGCUUAACAAAUCACAUAAUAAGUUACAUGGAUUCACUGUGUGAAGUAGUAGAGGUUGACAGGAUUUUUGAAUGACUACUCCUUCCUCUGGCCCCCAUACAUACAUCAUCUGUAAGGUCCCUCAGUCAAGUGUUGAAUUUCAAGAACAGAUUCAACGAUAAAGACCAGGAAGCUUUUCAAAAGCUUCACAAAGAACAGGCAGUGAUUGGUAGAUGGGUAACAACAACAACGAGACAUUGAAUAUCUCUUUUUUUUAA